UAUAAACGCAGUACAGCGCGGCAUCGCGCUCAGCCAGCCUCACAGCCCGCCGUCCUCGAGCCGUUCAGUGGAGCGCUUCGAGCAGCGCGUUCAAAUCCAAGCUCGAAAUCAAAAUGACGUCCGAGAUACCGCAAAAGCCCAUCAGACUAGGUCAACGUCAAAGACGCCGCAGUGCUCAAACUCGAUGGCUAGCUCAGGAGAAGCAAGAACAUGCUGAUGCCUCGAGGGAAGGAGUGGGCGACAAGACCGAUGCCGUGCUUGUCAAGACUACCAGCACCAUGACUGGCGCCAAGCGACCACGCCGGAAGAGGUCGGGACAAGGCACGCACGAAAGCGACAAGUGCACAGAGUUAAAGGCGCACCGAAUGGAAACACGCUCUCGAGCAGCAGCCAAACAUCGAUCACGGCUCCGAUCGGGGCAUAUAAGCGCAUCCAACGCAGCACGAGACGCAAAGACUGUGGCUCGACAGGGCGACUCAACAAGGCCGCCACGACAGCGCAAAGGGAAAGCAGUAAGCAAAGGCUAUCUUCGGCACUUUAAAGGAGCGCUAGCUCCAUAUCACACUCGCACAUUGUCUUCGGGAUGGGACGCACAGCUGCAGAAAGACACCGGCGCAGCAAGGCCAGCGUCGCGUCUGGAGACACGUAUCUCCGAAGUUUUGCGUGCCGUGAGAGGUAAUCACAUCAUCACAAGCGGAUUGGGCAUGGGUGGCCUACCAAUGGAGAGAUGCUGAUGCCCGCUGUCUGGCCCUGGUCGCGGAUUGCUUACCGCGCAUGUAGCCAAGGAUCCUCUGGCGCACCGACUUGGGCUUCACAGAGACACGCGGCACUCGCAGAAUCAAAUGUAUUAUAGCCUCACAAGCAUGCCCGUAUGAAUGCCGUGGCA